AUGAAGUAUUCUCUAGUGGGGGACAGAGCCCAUUUCGAGGCGCAAUAUCUAGCCCCCCAGGCGAGGCAGGCCGGCCUCAAUUGUUUAAUCGGCGAAGUUCCUCGAUACAGGCCCGGCGACGCGGAAAGUUCAGCUACAGAUGAUAGGGCAUGCUCGUUUCGCUUAAUGUUCUACGUUCCUCCAGUGCACUCUGUGUGUAAUUACUGCACACAUUUAAGACCCGUGUCGGCACACAUGAAUAGAAAACUAGUGCUUCUCACGGAUUGGUUCGAUUGUGGGUGCGCCACCCAGCCAGGGUUAAAACCAGUGCGAGGCAAAUAUUGUCAGUGCAGCUCGGUGAACGGAGCGCGGCACAGCGCCGGCUGCACGCUUCCGACGGUGACGGCCGUCAUGGCUGGCGAAGACGUUGAUAUCGGCGACACGUUGUUGGAGGAAACUAGCUGCUUAUCUUUCGCACCAGCUGACAACUAUAAUCUUGUAUCCGUUAAACGAAGGCGUAAAGGACGAAACCAACUUAAACGAGAAGGAAGUCUCGACAGUCAACUACAUUCAAGUGUGGAAGAGCCAAGCUUCGAUACGGAUGGGUCAGCUCGACCGGAGUGA